GCAAGGGUAAGGAACAACAGAUGAAAAACUCAAGAUAAGUGGCAGAAAGGUUUAUGCCUUUUGCCGAUUGUAAAAGCACAGAAGGAUUCCCUGCAUUGAUAGUUUAGAAUUAUUACUGGCUAAAAGGAAGAAUGGAUUUGACCAACUGUACAAGAUCUGCAGAUUUCCUCCUUGUUGGAUUGUCAACUUUUGGGAGUAUGGAAAGCAUGAUGUACACCAGUGUCUUUCUGCUCUACCUCCUGAGUUUGAUGGGCAAUGGGCUCAUCAUUAUGAUGGUAAUUGUGGACCACCACCUGCAGAAACCCAUGUAUUUCUUCCUUAGCAACCUUUCUUUUAUAGACAUUGGACAUACCACAUCCUUUAUACCCAAGCUGUUGCUCAAUUAUCUCUCUGCUAGUAAUUUCAUCUGUUUUUAUUGCUGUGUAAUUCAGUUGUGCUUCUAUUUUCUUUUCGGGGUCACUGAAUUUUUCAUCAUCACUUUGAUAUCCUUGGACAGAUACGUAGCCAUUUGCCACCCUUUGAGAUAUGCCACUAUCAUGACUCCGGGGGUGUGCCUUAAGCUGGCAAUAGCAGCCUGGUUUGGAGGAUUUGUCUCCAUAAUUUGUCAAGUAGUGAUGAUAGCAAACUUGCCCUACUGUACUUCCAACAUUAUCAAUCAUUUCUUUUGUGAUGUUGGACCUGUGUUGAAGAUUGCAGGAGGAGAUACACGUAUUAUCGAAACCCUUGGUUUCCUCGUUUCUGUGGUUGUGAUUAUGUCUUCCUUGCUUUUCACCCUCAUUUCUUACCUCUUCAUCAUCUUCACCAUUUUUCGAAUGUCUUCAACCUCCCGACAGCAGAGGGCUUUCUCUACGUGUGCUUCCCAUCUGAUUGUGGUUUUUAUUUUGUAUGGGUCAGUCUUUUUUGUCUACCUAAGGCCAACGGUCAAGAACUCUUCCUUCAGGGUAAUGAAGGUUGUCUCCAUUGUGUAUACUAUGAUCACCCCAGUGCUCAAUCCUUUCAUCUACACCAUUAGGAACAAUGAAGUGAAAGAUUCUGUACGUAGAAUGAUUGGAAGGAAGAUUCUAGCUCUCCCCUGUGUUAAAAGGAAUGGGAAUUGAUUGCAUUUCCAAGCAGAGUUCCUGAAGAUGAAACUUUAAACUCUAGGUUCUAAACCUUUAUGUCUUUUGAAGGACUCCUCUAUUUGUAUUCCUUCCAUUUGCAGGAAUGUCAGAAAUAUGAACCAAUAUGGUUGAAAUAUUUCACCAUGCCUACCAUAACAAAGAAGGAGUUUAUGAGUAAUGUUCAAGAGGAAGGCAACAUGUUUUUUUCUGUCUAUGGAGAUUCUCAGUCAUCCAGGUCAUGGUUGUCCAAAAGGUGCUUUUUCAGGAGGCAACUGGACUUUCUUGUUAACAACCCACUCUUUCCACCUCCUUUACUCAGGUGUUAUUGUGGGGGAAAAGGGGGAGAAGAGAGUUCCUGCUACAUUCUCUUGUGGUCCUGGAGAAAAGUCAGGGUAGAAAUCUAGCAAACAAGGAAAGAUAUCACUCAUUCAUUUCUAUCAUUCUUUAUAGCAGUGUAGCACUAUCUAUAGUGUACAAUGUACAGUAUAGAAAUUGUCUAUAUAAAAUUAGUAAUUACUAUGUGGCUUUUAUGAGGGGAGCAAAUGGAACCCAGAAAUUUGUGGGAAUUGAUGUUGAAGAAAGAGAUCACUAGCAUUCAUUCUUAGAAGCACAUAAUACACAAUACUAAGCUCAAGCACAAGACUCAAAUCUGAUGAUGCCUUGUUCCCUGAUCUCUCAUCACUAUAUUUCAAUUAAAUUCUCCAAUUCAUGUUUUCCAACUAAGCUAGAUUCAGGCAUUCCAGAUUCUUCCUUCCAAAUGAACAAAUCCUUCUUGGCUAAAAACCAGAGUUGCUUAUAGUUGUGGAGAUUCCUCCCCCCCCCCAAGUUUGAUGUCUGUCAAGAUUCUCAGUCAUCCAGGUCAUGGUUGUCCCAAAGGUGUUUUUCAGAAGGCAACUGAACUUUCUUGU